UCUCUCUCCAAAUCAAAAACCCCAAACCCCCACACUUGAUUUGGGACUUCGCACACUUGUUGUUUUCAGAGGUGUGGCAACAUCGUACGGUUUUCUCGAGGAUGGGGUCGAUCCGAUUGAAAGAAUUGGAGGCCGAGUUACAAGGAUUGCGCGGAUUCAAUGCUCCUAAAAUCGAGCUAGAACAAUAUGUCACGUCAGCCCAUCUAGCCUCACGGAUGAUGUUUACCGCCCAAUCGACAUACGAGGAUGUGUUGGACAAGAGGGUGCUCGAUUUGGGAUGUGGAUGCGGGAUCCUUUCGAUUGCCUCUACUCUUCUGGGCUCUGCAUAUACCUUAGGCGUCGACCUCGACCCCGAUGCGCUCCUUGUCGCCCGGAACAAUCUCGCAUCCUUAGAUAUCUCGGACUCGACGAUCGACUUCAUACAAGCCGACUUGAGUAGUUCCUCUUCGUUUCGGGAUCUCUUUGGUGGUCAUUCUAGAAACGACUCUGAAGAAGAGCCGUUCUUUGAUACCGUUGUCAUGAAUCCACCCUUCGGGACCAAAAAUAAAGGGAUCGACAUAGUGUUUUUGGAGAUAGCCUGUCAAAUGUCCAACUCAGCCGUUUAUUCACUUCACAAAUCAAGCACACGCAAAUUUAUUGAAAAGAAGGCCAACGAAUACGGGUUUGAAGGCGAAGUGAUAGCUGAGAUGAGGUAUGACCUGCCAAAAACAAUGAAAAUCCAUAAACACAAAACAUUGGAUAUUGCCGUCGAUUUUUGGAGGUUUCAAAGAAUCCGAUAGCACAUUGACUUUCAAUCAACGUUGCAUUCGAUUCGUCGUCGUAAAGUUUGUUCACAUAUAACCCUGCCACAAUCCAACAUUUUUUUUCUUGUUUCAUAAUUUGAAGACUUGAUCACUCGAAUAUCCUAAUGUUUUUAGCAUCCCUCCUAGAUCUCCUUGUGAGUUAUAUCCACGACCCUUACAGCCGGCUACAGCGCAUAUCAAACUGUAAAAACAAAUAAACACACAGAUUGUAAAUUUUUAAUGUUUUUUUCUUCUUUGAGAAACUUGUCUUCUUUGGAGG